AUGGAAGAAGAAUACAUCAAGAGGGCUGCGGUGUCGCCCCAUUGGCUUCCUGGCGGGGAUUCAUUCUGGUACCGCCAUUACCUUUCUCCUGGGAAAUAUGAAUUCAUGCUCGUCGAUUGUGUCAGUCAGACUCGUAGACCAGCGUUCAACCAUGAGGGCCUUGCCGGCGCGCUGAAAAGCCGAGUCGAAUCGGCAGAGAAGGAACAGGAAAUAAGCCCGAACUCGCUGCCCUUCACUGUGAUUGAGCUUUCUCCAGACGGAUCAUCGACACGUUUCGUUUGGAACAAGAGGAAAUGGGAAUAUGGCUCCAACAACAUUCUCAAAGAAUGGGAUGGCAGCUUCAACCAGGCCAGAGACCAACUUCUCGCCAAGGAACGCCCUUCUCGGUCGCGAAGCCAGGGCACGACUGUCACGUUUGUCAAUCACACUGAUGGGCCCCUUUCGAUCUAUUGGAUCGACUUCAACAGCAAAGCAAAGUUCUAUAACAAAGUCGGUCACGGGGAGUCAUACGAGCAGCGGACAUUUGCAGGCCAUGUUUGGAAACUCGUCAACGAGGAGACAAAUGAGGUCAAAGCAAUAUACGUUGCUCCAGAUGAAAGCGAAGACCAUAUCGUUAUCGAUGAGAGUACCAUGGCAGAGGCAAGAUGCAAGGGUGGGGAUGAGGGAAAUGCAAGUAUGGAUGCCGCCGAACCUGAAGCGCGAAGUAAGGAUGGGAAGAGCACGCAGACUGCGACAAAUCGUGUCUCGGUGAAAAACCACAAUGUGUGGCUACUAGACGCCGAGGGUCGUGAGACGAAGCUAUCAUCUAAUGGCAGCGAGGAAAACCCCUACGACAGCGCCAAAGUCUUUCUGUCCCCGGACAAGAAAUUUGUCGUCGUGUGGCAGUACACGCCGGAAGAGGAGCAUGACCUGCAUCUCCGUGAGUCGGCGCCUGCCGACCAGCUUCAGCCAAAGAUGAGGACAGUUCGAUACCUUAAACCAGGCGAUCGCGUCAGGAUCGACCGUCCUCGAUUGUUCAAUCUGGAGUCCAAGUGUGAGGUGAUUACUAGCAACGCUCUGUUCGAGAAUCCAUACGAGCUUGAGGACAUCGGCUGGAGCGAGGACAGUUUGGAGUACCGCUUCAUAUUUAAUGGGCGCGGUCACCAGCAUCUCCGUCUGAUAGGGAUCAAAACAAGUGGCGAGGUCAGAGCCUUGAUCGAGGAGAGUAGUGACACCUUCAUCGACUACUCUAGCAAACUCUAUCAUCGUCUGAUUAAAGAUACGGACAACAUGCUAUGGGCCAGCGAGAGGGAUGGGUUCAAUCACUUAUAUCUGUUCGACUUGAAGAGCGGUCAGUUGGUGAAUCAAAUCACGAGAGGGGAGUGGAAUGUUCACUCGGUCACCCAGGUUGACGAAAAGAAGCGCCAAAUCUGGUUUCAAGGGUAUGGCAUGGUCGCUGCUCAAGACCCCUACUACGCGCACUUGGCUCGCAUCGACUUUGCUGGAAAUGGUUUCCAGGUUCUCACUGAUGGCGAUGGAAGUCAUCGAUGGGCGUUGUCUCCCGAUAACCGUUACUUCAUCGAUACCUGGUCCCGGGUUGAUCUCCCACCUCAGUCGGUGCUGAGAAGUCUUGAGACGGGAUCAAAGAUUCUGGAUUUGGAAGGGAAAGCAGAGGACGCCAACGCGCUACUCGAAGAGGGAUGGGCGGCUCCAGAAAGAUUUACAGCUCCUGGACGAGACAGCGACACGGCAAUCCAUGGGUUGAUGAUCCUCCCCUCCGAUUUCAAUGCGUCGAAGAAAUACCCCAUUCUUGAAGAUAUUUACGCCGGCCCUCACGACUUCCACACACCAAAGGAGUUCUCGGCCAUGUCCAAACAGCGGAAAUGGGCAGAUCAGGGAUACGUAGUGGUCAUGCUAGAUGGAAUGGGAACGAAUUGGCGAUCGAAGAAGUUCCACGACAUGUGCUACAAGAACCUCAAAGACGCGGGGUUUCCAGACCGCAUCGCCUGGAUCAAAGCAGCAGCAGAGACGCGCCCGUGGAUGGACGCGUCUCGCGUCGGUAUAAUGGGAGGCUCAGCCGGGGGCCAGAGCGCCGUGGCCGCACUGAUACACCACGGGGAGUUUUACAAGGCCGCAAUCGCCGACUCGGGCUGUCAUGACAACCGGAUGGACAAGAUAUGGUGGAACGAGCAGUGGAUGGGAUAUCCCGUGGACAAGUCUUAUGAGGAUUCGUCGAAUGUGGUUCAUGCGAACAAGAUCAAGGGGGCUUUAAUGCUGAUUGUCAGCGAGCUUGAUGACAAUGUCGAUCCUGCUUCGACUUUCCAGUUGGUCAAGGCUCUCAACGAUGAGGACAAGGACUAUGAAUUUCUAAACAUCUACUUGAACCAAGCAGACGGCGCGUAUCUCAAGACAAACGGCGGCAGCGGCACAGUGGACUCGAUCAUCUGGGAAAACAUCAUCAACAACGGCGGUGCAUACAUCUUGGCUGUGAACGAAGCCUGGGGAAAGGACAAUAGUGCCGCCGGCGUCCAACUGAGCAAUCUUACAUUCAGGAACUGGCACGGCUACAACAGUGACUCGAAGCGCCCCACGAUCAGACUGCAGUGCGACGAUUCAGUCCCUUGCCACGACAUCACCGUGGACAACGUCAACCUUUGGACCAGCGACGGAAGCAGCGAGGUGACAUGGGUAUGCCAGAGUGCCUACGGCAACGGAGCCUGUCUGCGUAAGUCGGGUACUGCCUCCUACGCCGCCAGCUACACGACGAUCAAGACGGCGCCGGCCUACGCCGCGUCGACCAUGCCAAAUGAUCUAAAGAGCGCUUUCCCCAGCACGACGUCCUUCACGGUCCCUCCUGUCCCAACCACAUUCUAUCCUGGGAAGAAACCAGCCUCUACCCUCUUGAGCCUGACAGGGCCUCGCGGCAACUGA